AUGGGCCUCGUUGUUCUUCCAGCUACUCUCCCCGACAUUCGUGCGAUCUAUGAUGUCUGGUUUGCCGCUUUCGAAGGCCAAUUGAUCCUUGAUCUCAUCUACCCAGGAACCGAUCUGAAAGAUGAGGAAUUCCGCAAAAUUCAUACCGAAGGUACUCUUGAGUACUGGAAGGGUUUGAGCAUGGAACAUACCUUCCAAUGCAUUGAUACAGACACCGGAAAAGUUGUUGGUAUGGCAACAUGGCAAGUCUACUGGCGGGAGAGAACCAAUGAAGAGCGCCAGAAGCCUUGGAUCGGAUGGCUAGAAGGCGACCAACGAGAUCGUGCAGAAGGAUUUUUGGAACAGCUUUGGGAAAAGAAGGAAAAGCUCCUCGGUCCAAAGAAGCACGUUUAUUGUCACACAGUUGCAGUUCAUCCUGACUACCAAGGCAAAGGCGUCGGAGCGCGACUCAUGAAAUGGGGUAUGGAUGUUGCCGAGGAGUUGAAUUUGCCAAUCUAUCUCGAGUCCACUGUUGAAGGAGUUCCAUUGUACAAAAAACUUGGCUUCGAGACCUUGUCCGAAAGCAUUCUGUUCAAGCCAGAGAUUACUAGGGUUGACAAGGAGGUCAGGUCUCCAUUGAUGGUGAAAAUGCCUGCCGCUGCUGGAAGGACCACGUUCGAGGAGUGGGCGGCAAACUAG